AUGAGUGAAGAUAGUUAUAAUGAAUUUUUACUCAGCAAGAUUUAUGAAAUUUUUUCUAAGAAAGAGGCUGUUGCUUUUAUUGAAUCUAAUGAAAUUAGUAGACCAAUAACAAUUAGAACUAAUUUAUCUCUAAUAAGCAGGAAAGAAUUGAUCUCUGCUUUGUUAAGAAGAAAAAUAGAAUGUGAUGUUCUAGAUUGGUGUGAAGAAGGUAUUGUUAUUUUUAGUUCUAAAGUUCCUUUAGGCGCCACUCCUGAGUAUUUAGCUGGUUAUUACAUUAUACAAGGAGCUAACUCAUUUCUUCCCGUUUUAAAUAUGGAAUUAUCUAAAAUUAAAGAUUCUUAUAAAGUAGUAGAUCUUUGUGGUGCACCAGGAGGAAAGAGUACACAUAUUGGUGCUCUGAUGGAAAACAGGGGAACUUUGUUUGUUAAUGAACUUAAUAAAGACAGAUGUUCAUCUUUAAUAUCAAAUCUUCAUAGAAUGCAUGUAUCCAAUUCUAUUAUUAGUAAUAUUGAUGGUCUUAAAUUUGAUGUUGGUAAAGUUGAAAGAGUAUUAUUAGAUGCUCCAUGCUCUGGUACGGGUAUAAUAUCAAAAGAUCCAUCUGUUAAAACAUCUAAAACAGAAAAGGAAAUUAAAGAUCAUCAAAAGUUACAGAAAAAGCUUAUAUUACAUGCUUUUGAUAUGCUAAAAAAUAACGGUAUUUUGGUUUAUUCAACCUGUUCAAUUUUAGUAGAAGAAAAUGAGGAAGUUAUUGAUUUUCUUUUAUCUAAACGAAAAAAUGCUAAAGUAUCAGAUUUAGACGUUGCUAUUGGAAAGGAUGGGUUUAGUAAGUUUAGAGGAGUAAGUUAUAAUGGAACAAUUUCCAAAUCUAAAAGAAUAUUCCCCCAUGUGCAGAACAUGGAUGGAUUUUAUUACUGUAAAAUCAAAAAAGUUGAAUAA